AUGGUGCGAAGAGGGAGUUUCAGCCGAACGCCCGUCAAAGGGAUGCCGCAGACGAGCGCUGGGCAGCAGUCGAAGCACUCGACGUUCGGAAAGGCGCGCAAACGCAUGGAAGACCAGUUCCGCUUCGUGUUCGGCAAAAAUAAGUCCAAACACGGCUCCUUCGAGGACACGCCGGACCUCUCGCGCCGAAACUCGUUCGACUUCGAGCGGACGGGCGCUGACGGCGACGUCGUUCUGAUCCGAGAGUCGCGUCUCGUGUCGCUGCCGGCCGUCAGAGACGGAAUGAUUCGCUUCCAGUUCCUGUUGGAGUCGUGCUCUCCGGGAACGCUUCCCGACGCGCCGCUCAUCGCCGCGAUGCUCGACAUCCGAGCGCCGGUGGUCGCGAGGGCCUCCUUCUACCUCGAGUGCGCGCAUUUCGUGCACCGCUGUAACCGCGGACUGUGGCCGCUGUGGAUGCGCCACAACUUCAACCUCUUCCGGCCGUCGGGUCCGAUGCGCGCCGGCUCGCAGUCGGCCAUCAAAGGCCGCGCCUCGAAUGUCGUGCAGCGGUCGGCCGGUCGCGCCUUCUACCAGUGGGCGGAGAUGUUGGGCGCGAGACUCGAGGAGUUGCUGCAGAACGACAUCAACACCGAGAAGUCGGCGCCCAAUAUGACGGACGACAGCAAACGGCGACAACUGAAGUACGACGACGAGGACGAGGACUUCCUCGACGAGGCGUUCGUCAACGCGACCGGAAAUGAGUGUCCCUUCGCUCUGAAACUCGUCGCGUGUCAGCUGUUGUACGAAAUCACGGCUUUUCUGCGCGAAACGCAUCAGUAUUUGCCGUCCCGAAGCUCGCGGUCGUCCAUCCGAGAGCGCGGAUCCACUUUCGAGCCCAAGACUGUGACCGCCAACCGGCGCUGGUCUAUGGCUUUGACCAAUAUGGCGCCGAUGGACGGCUUCAGUCACGCGCAGAGUUUGGGCGAUCGGAGGAUCAGUUUCGUUCUGCAAGAAGCCGAUGGCGAGGAAGAGUCCACGAGUAGUAUCUCUGCGGCCGACGACCUCAUGGCCGCCGGCGCCCUUGACAAGAAGCGUCUGUCUCAGGCGGGACUGGCGGGUCGGCCGCAUCUGUUGCGGCGGUCGACGGGUGGCAGCGGUCACGGGAGCUUCAAGAGGAGGUCCAUAAAGCUGAAGAAGGGUUCGGACCGCAAGAGUGCGGCCAAACACCGGUCGUCCACUUUGGUGGAGGACGACGACAACGACGCCCAAAAGCAUUCCAUUCUUCGGCGCUCCGACUCUUUGCGGUCGCGACGCAAAGUCAGCGGAAUCUCCGAGCGCUCCGACACUUCGGAACGCGUGUCAGGCGACGAAUCGCCGGGAGUUCUGUCCGACGACGGACUCACGGCCGACACUCCGAGCGACGCCAUGGAAACGGACGACUCGGAGAUGACGUCAAACAUCCCGUGGCUGAAGAUCAUGUCCACAAUGGCGGCCACUCUGUCGUUCCAAUGCCCGCAUCAGCAGUACUGUCAGCACAACUGCUACCGGCGCCAAAUGAGAAGCGCCUCCCGUCUCAUGAAAGCCGUGCAGAAGGUCUACUCCGAGGGCGAGGACUCCGGGCGCCCGCAACUCGUGUCUCUCCGCAUCUUCGAGUGCAGAGAGGACGCGGCGAAGAAGGAGAAGAAGCUGAAGAAGAUCGUGACGGGCCCGUCGUCGCCCAUCCGCCGCAAGAUCUCCGUCGGCCACAACAUGGAGCGCGCGGUCGACUCUCACGGCCACUCCGUCCACUCGUCGACUACUUAUUUGGCGCAUAACGUGGACGUGGAGGCCGAAGGCGCUCAUACGGCGCGAGGAGAACCCGACGCUCAAGUUACUUAUUUGGCGCAUAACGUGGACGUGGAGGCCGGUCCGCACGAAGCGGAGGACCCGCGCCGCACGUUCGUCGAAGUGGCCAAUCAGAAGGCGCUCAUACGGCGCGAGGAGAACCCGACGCUCAAGUACGCGCACCUACACGUCAAGAGUCCGUUCGGAGCGCCGCUCUCAAUGGUGUUGAAGGGGGCGCUCAUUCUGCCGACGCCCGACUUCGAGGAACUCCUGUCGUUGGCCUGGAAUCUGGUCUCCGAAGCGGACCAGGAGUUGAGUGCUUGCGCGUCGGCGGCGCUCAUCGUCUGCGCCCUGAAGUGCCCGCAACUCGUGAGCGAUCUCUUGGAGCGGGAGUUGAGUGACGAGAGGGCACAGCGAAGGACGACAGCCAUCGAGAAGUUCUACAAGAUUUGGAGCAAUCGCUUCCAGUGUUGGCCGCGUCUGGAAGAGGGCGCGCACCUGUAUCUGAAAGUGCCGCCGCCGGCCAUCGAGUUCACGCUUCCGUCGCCGCGGAUCGCGUUGGAGUCGAUUCCGGUCGUGGAUCCGGCGUAUAUGCCGGUCACCAAAAGCAAGGUCGAGGAGGUGACGAUCAGUCAGGAGCCGACGAUUCAGCGGUCGUUCGUCGCGGCCACGAAAACGCGGCGCAAACAGCAGAUCGAGUUAGUGACCAAAGCUCUGCAGGAGGAGGAAGACAAACUGCGGGAGGAGAGGGAAUGUUACCGCAUCUCCGCAGUGCCCGUCCACUUGCAGGCCGCCUACGAGCCCGCGCUCUUCCACACAGUGGAAGAACACGAGGAGGACGAGGACGAGGAGCGGGCGCCGCAACACAACAUUCAGUUGGCGCAAUCGGUGUUCCCGUCGAGUCUGUGUUCGGCGGCCGUCACGAUCAUCAACCUGUUGGACGACCCGCAGGUGAACGCCGAGGGGUCGGCCGUCUACGAGGUGGCCUACAAAGUGGUCUGGCACUGUCUGGUCGAGGACUCGGCGCUCUUCCUGCGCCACUUCCUCGAACGCCUCACUCGCGACAAACAGUACGACAUCUUUCAGAUUCUUCGCCGACUGAUUCGCUUCGUGCCGCGACUUCCCGCGCAGGCGGCCUUCACGCUCUACAACUACCUGAUCGGGUUCGUCAUGUUUCACGUGCGGGCGCCGGUAGAGUCGUCGCAGGAAGUCAUAGCGACC